AUGGCGGCCGAGCUGCGGGAGGCGCUGCAGCGGCGGCUGCGGGACCUGGGCAUCGCCACCGUCACCGCCGAGCACCCGCAGGUGUUCACUGUCGAAGAAAUGAUGCCGCACGUCCAACACAUGAAAGGAGGUCACAGUAAAAACCUGUUUCUUAAAGACAAAAAGAAGAAAGGGUUCUGGCUGGUGACAGUCCUGCACAACAGGCAGGUCAAUUUAAACGAACUGGCUAAAAAACUGGGUGUUGGAAGUGGAAACCUAAGAUUUGCUGAUGAAAAUGCCAUGCUGGAAAAGCUGAAAGUGGGCCAGGGCUGUGCCACGCCGCUCGCCCUCUUCUGUGACCAGGGAGAUGUGAGGCUGGUGCUGGAUGCUGCCUUGCUCCAAGGGGGCCACGAAAUGGUGUAUUUUCAUCCAAUGACAAAUUCUGCAACCAUGGGCUUAAGCCCCGAUGACUUCCUGAAGUUUGUGAAGUCGACAGGCCACGAUCCCAUCAUCGUACACUUUGAUGAAGACGUUAAGUAGAGGAAGUUCAUUUUUCUACUACUAUUUGUAGAUUUUGUAGAGCAAAAGUGGUGGAAAAUCUCAUUACAAAUAAAACUUGAAAAAAA